CACACACACACACAGACUCCCUCUCUCCCAGUCACUCAGUCAGUUCCAACAACACUCUCACCGAGGUCGGCAGCACAAAGCAGAGCCUCUCUCUUACCAGCUUGCACACACACACUCACUCACACACACACACACACACACACUCACACAUACUGUACCUCCCCACACACACUCACUCACAGACACCGUGACACACACUCUCUCAGAGCACACACCUCCUCAGGACGCCUGGGAAGCUGAAGCCAAGCUGACGAGAGGAAGAAGACAAUAGAAGGAGAAGUAGUAAAGAAGGAAGAAGAGGAAGUAAACACACGUUUCUGUGGAGAACAUCAAUCAGGUUGUGAAAUUGAAGAGCUCCCUCCUAAGGCCCCCCCGCUGACUAAUAACGAGCACAAAUCCGUACAAGUCUGGGAGCUUCAUGAGUGUGUGCACAUAACCAGCACUCCACCUCUGAGUGUGUGUGUGCGGCACCAUGCUGUGGACGGUGCUACUAGCGCUGCUGGUGCUUCUGUUGCUGCAGACUCAGCUGUCUGUGUGCUUAAGGGAAUUACGCUCCGGGGGUUCCAACUCCUCUGCCUACUCCUCUUCAUCCUCCUCUUCCUCCUCCUCUCACAAUGCCACCCGGCAGCGGCUGCCCGGAGCCAUUAUCAUCGGCGUUCGGAAAGGCGGCACCAGGGCCCUGCUGGAGAUGCUCAACCUGCACCCGAGCGUGGAGGUGGCAAAGGCCGAGGUGCACUACUUCAACAUAGAGGAGCACUUCCGCCGAGGCCUGGCCUGGUACCGAGCCCAGAUGCCCCUCACCCUCCCUGGUCAGCUAACAGUGGAGAAGACCCCCGGCUACUUUGCAGCUCCUCAGGCCCCUGCACGUGUCUGGGACAUGAAUCCCGCCGUUCGCCUGAUCCUCAUCGUGCGGGACCCGGCCGAACGACUGGUUUCUGACUACACCCAGGUCCUUCACAACCGCCUGACCCGCCACAAGCCCUACCUGCCUCUAGAGGAGCUCCUGCUGCACAAGGGCCACAUCGACACCGGCUACAAGGCGCUGCAGAGGAGCUUGUACCACCUGCAUUUGGCUCGCUGGCUGGAGGUCUUCCCCAGGGAGCAGAUCCACGUGGUGGAUGGUGACGCGCUCAUUCGAGAUCCGUUUCCCGAGCUUAGAAAGGCCGAGAGGUUUCUGGACCUGCCGCCAAGGAUCAGCCCCAACAACUUCUACUACAACACCACCAAGGGCUUCUACUGCCUCCUGUCUGCAGGACAUGACAAGUGCCUGGACGAGUCGAAAGGCCGGCUGCACGCGCCCCUGAGCACCCAGGCCUUCAAGAAGCUCUGCCGAUACUUCAGGAAGCCCAACAAGUUGUUCUUUGAAAUGGUGGGCCGGUCGUUUUCCUGGUGCUGAUCGCUGGUGUAGAGACGCUGUGGAGACACCAACACAUUCAGGGACUGAGAGGGAGAGAGAGAACUGUUGUUUGUGUGUUUUUUGUCGGUAGAUGAGUGGAGAGAUUUGAGUUCUGAUGAAGUCCCUUGUUGUUCGUACCUGCUCAGGUUCUAAUGAGGCCAGCAAUUGUGGCACAAAUGUGUGUGAAGAUAUUUGGAGAAUCCAAACUGCUGUUGGUGAACAUGACGCCAACAAGACUGUGACCUUGACCAUGCAGGUGCCUCCCUGGACAAAACUCUGACAGCCGUGCCAAACAACAAGUCUGAGACUGAGAGAAACCUGCUUGUGCUUUUUCUGUGGGUUGUUACAAGAGCAUGUGCAGAAUCGACAAGUGAUAGAAAUAGAAAUAGACAAGUGGGGGAAAGAUAAAAUGAUUUGUUGCACUAAGAACUCUACAUGCUUAAAAUAAUCAAUGUCGACAAUAUCAAACCGGAACUUUCAUUUUUCUCAACAGCUGUUUGUGUUAGGAAUAAUGUUUGAGUUCAAUUUACUUCAUUCUUCUGUCAUUUUACUGGGUUGAGUUUCAGAUAUUUGGUGAGAAUUUCUAAAGUCUGUUAACAAGUAGACACAUGUAGUACGUUGACUAGCUUGUGUUUCUUUUGAGUAUGUUCUUCUAAUAAAUGUGUUCAUUCCAA